UUUGGACCAAAUCGUUGGUACGAGUUGAAACGAAUAAACAUAAGGCACUGAGACGUUUCAACUUCAGUCCUACUCUGGCUCUCAGACAUCCUUUGUCACACAUAACAAUAAUCACAGCUUAAAUCAUCCCCUAUAGAUUAUCAUUCUGGUUGUGAUGCUGAUGAGUCUGAAGAGUCAGUGGUCAUGGGUCUCUAGCUGAGUCACUCACCGGAAUCAGUGCAUUUGUUUAUUUAAUAAAAUUUGUUGAUUUGUGGAUGAGAAGAUUUUUAAUUGCCAAUCAUAAUCAUUGAUUUGGGGCAAAAUGUCUACAGAGACACGGACGUACACCUCCAACGGAAGUAUGAUUGUCGUGAGCAACAGGUUACCAUUCGUUUUGAAGAGGAAUGAGGACUCUGGGUUAUUGGAGCGUAAAGCAAGUGCUGGAGGACUUGUGACUGCUGUUGCACCGGUUGUGAUAAGUGGAAAUGGCCUGUGGGUUGGAUGGCCGGGUGUUCACAUGGAGAAUCCUAAUGAGCCUAUUCCAGAGUCGGAUCCUAAUGACAAGACACCAACCGCUGGAUUGCUGUCGAGCAAGGUGGUGGCAGUUCAUGUUGAGCCCGACAUAUUCGACGCGUAUUACAACGGCUGUUGCAAUGGCACCUUCUGGCCGCUAUUUCACUCGAUGCCAGAUCGUGCGACCUUCAUCGCCGAGCACUGGCGUGCGUACGUCGCCGUUAACAAAGAAUUCGCGGCGAAAACAGUGCGCGCCCUGGAGAAGGUCAGCGAGGAGCAGACGAAGCAGACAAAUGGUACGCCAUUAGUAUGGAUUCACGAUUAUCACUUGAUGCUCGCAGCCAAUUGGAUUCGACAAGCAGCUGACGAGAAGGAUCUUAACCUGAAGCUCGGCUUUUUCCUCCACAUCCCAUUUCCACCCUGGGACAUCUUCCGACUGUUCCCAUGGGCGGACGAGAUCCUCCAGGGGAUGCUCGGCUGCGAUAUGGUGGGCUUUCACAUUCAGGAUUAUUGCCUGAAUUUCGUUGAUUGCUGUCAGAGGUGUCUUGGUUGUCGUGUCGACAGGAAGAAUCUCCUGGUGGAUCACGGUGGUAGGACAGUGAGGGUUCGACCCCUGCCCAUUGGCAUACCCUUCGACAGAUUUGUAUCUCUCGCAGAACAAGCCCCCAAAGUCCUCAUGACCAAUCAGAAGAUUGUCCUGGGGGUGGAUCGGUUGGAUUACACCAAGGGUUUGGUUCAUCGGCUCAAGGCCUUCGAGAUGCUCCUGGAGAAGCACCCUGAGCACCGAGAGCAAGUCACCAUGCUCCAGGUGGCUGUCCCCUCGAGAACCGAUGUCAGGGAGUACCAGGAGUUGAAGCUGGAGAUGGAUCAGCUGAUUGGCUCCAUCAACGGUAGAUUUACCACACCGAAUUGGUCUCCCAUCAGGUAUAUUUACGGUUGCGUCAGUCAGGAUGAACUCGCUGCGUUCUACAGAGAUGCUGCAGUCGCUCUGGUGACACCAUUGAGGGAUGGCAUGAAUCUCGUCGCUAAGGAGUUCGUCGCUUGUCAAAUCAAUGAUCCUCCUGGUGUUUUAAUCGUCUCGCCGUUUGCCGGUGCUGGUGAAAUGAUGCACGAGGCCCUAAUCUGUAAUCCUUACGAGAUCGAUGAUGCAGCUGAGGUCAUCCACAGAGCUCUCACCAUGCCCGAGGACGAGCGCACCCUCCGAAUGAACCACUUGAGACGCAGAGAGCGCCUUUACGACGUCAACUACUGGAUGAAGUCCUUCCUCCAGGUGAUGGGCUCUCUGGAGGAGCGAGACUCCGUCGGUGCAACGGUGAUGCAACCAGUGACGAUGGACGACUUUGACGAUUACUUGAGCAAGUACAUCGGUGAUAAUCACAAAUUGGCAUUGCUCCUCGAUUACGAUGGUACACUAGCUCCAAUAGCAACACAUCCCGAUCUAGCUAUACUACCGCUGGAGACGAGAAAUGUACUCCAGAGGUUGAGCAACAUGUCAGACGUUUACAUUGCCAUUGUAUCAGGGAGAAAUGUGAGUAAUGUGAAGAGUAUGGUGGGUAUCGAGGGAAUAACGUAUGCUGGCAAUCAUGGCCUAGAGAUUCUUCAUCCUGAUGGGAGUAAAUUUGUUCAUCCAAUGCCAGCAGAGCUAGAGGGCAAAGUUGCUAGUCUGAUGCAAGCCCUUCAGGACCAGGUACUGUGCAAGGAUGGCGCUUGGGUAGAGAAUAAGGGUGCACUACUUACUUUUCAUUAUCGUGAGACUCCUAUGGAGGGUAGACCCAGAAUGAUCGAGCAUGCGAAGAGACUGAUUGAAGAGGCUGGCUUCAAACCGUGUCCUGCACACUGCGCCCUUGAAGCUAAACCACCAGUCGAGUGGAACAAGGGGCGUGCAUCGAUUUACAUAUUACGAACUGCCUUUGGAUUGGACUGGAGCGAGAGAAUCAGAAUUAUAUAUGCUGGGGAUGAUGUCACUGAUGAGGAUGCUAUGAAGGCAUUGAAGGGAAUGGCUGCCACUUUUCGUGUUACUUCCUCUCAUAUUAUACGCACAUCAGCGGAGAGAAGACUUCCAAGUACUGAUUCUGUUCUGACGAUGUUGAAGUGGGUUGAGCGACAUCUCAGCAGACGCAAACCCAGAAACAACAACAACGAUAUACCAAACAGGUACAGACGUAGCAGUGGUGGUAUCACAAUGGAAAUGUCAUUCACCGAGCCACAAUCACUCGCUUCCUAAUUGACGUGAGGCCCCAAUAGAUCUAUCGAGAUAUUCAUUAAUGUUUAGUGUUUAGGUGUGAGCGGAUUUCAAGAGACUGCUGUUGAUACAAUCUUAUUAUACAAUCAUUUCUUUUCUGUUCCCCUAAGAGCGGGUCUUAUUGGGAUUGAAAUGAUUUUUCGAAUUUAUUGUGAACAGUCCGUGUGACGCGAGUUUAUACAUUUUUUUUUUAGAGUUUUCGUUUCUUUUUUCUUCGGUUAACGACUGCGGUCGAUGGCGAAUCCACUCAGUUAUAGUAUUUAGGUGUAGAUGUAGAAUCCGUAUCGCUCAAAGUGAUGAGAAUGUAGGAUUAGGUGCUUCUGAUUAACAAGUCUGGAAAAUGUUGUCUUUUUUCUAAAUGAAAGUAAUCUCGUUAUUAGAUAGUGGAUUAAUUAUAAAUCUCACCGCAGUGGAGAACAUAUGGGAUUCAAAGUGGGUGAAUAAAACAGAUAUUUGAUACGAAAUAUUAAACAGAUUUUAUACGAUAUAUUUUUCAACCGAGUCAAGUGUUUUUUUAAAAAUCAUGUACCUUUUCAUAGAACGGUCACGAGUCACGUCAAGCAGUUAGUCAUUAAGAAAAUGUAAUGUUAUCAUUGAGAUGAUGAAAAUCGAUUAUAAAUUCAUGUUGAUACCGUUGUAAUACGUGCAUCAAUGUACUUAUACAAUGGAAAGAGUAUUUUUGUAUGAAGAGAGCGAAUGGGUGGAUGAAAUAUAAUAUUCACCAGAUAAUUUGUUCCAUAUCACUGCGGAACUCCUAGUAUUCAGUACGCAUUAAAAAUCCAUAUCCCCACAAAAGUCAAUCCUUACUUUCUCGAUAAACCCAACAAUAAAACAAAUAAUCAUAUUUAUUAGUUCAACAUUGUUAACGAUCAUUAAACAAUUGAUCACGAAGGAUUGCGUUGAAAUAAAACCGUAACCAAAUGAAUAGGAGAAAAAUAAUCAUGUAAUACUCCGAAAAUGUACAAAUAAAUGAAAAGCAUGUUAUUGCUUGAAUGUAAAAUUGAAAUAUACAUUUUGUACGCGCCCUUUAUCGGUGUAAAUAUACCGGAAAAUACGAAUUUA